CUUACCAGAAAAAUAAUUUUCUGAAAGAAAUUCAUUACUAACUGAUCUUUUUAACACCAACAAACAUGUGCGGACGGUAUAUAAUAUAUUUACAACGAUACUAAUAUUACUUUUUAUGAAUACUAUUACAUACGAUAUUAUGGAUGGUGGAUCAAUAAAUGUCGGAGUUUCGGAAAAUUUUCAAGAGUCCUUUAUAUUUGGUCUUUAAUGACAUUAACGACACUUGGAAUUUACAUUCCGUUCUAUAUUUGGGCGCACAAACGUCUUCAUUUUUUACCAUUAUCAACUGCUUUAAAAGUAUGGGACUAUGGAUGGAUAGCGGGGCUUGUAUUAUAUUUGCUCAUUUUCAUCGUUCUUCCAGCUAAAGCAAUAAUAGAUGAGGGACUACCAGUAGCUUCUAGCACUGUAAUUCUUACAGAACAGGUUCGUAUGUUAAUGAAAUGUUACGCUUUCAUAAGGAGUACGGCACCAAAAUUUCUUAAAUACAAAAUACACGCGGAAAUGGAAAAGCCAGUAAUACCAGAUUUUUCGAAGUAUCUAUAUUUCUUCUUCGUUCCAACGUUAAUCUAUAGAGAUAUUAGGUUGGAAACUAUGAAACGGGCGUUUUUUGUUUAG